AUGAUAAUCGUGGAUCAGGUUAACCUCAAACUAGAGAAACCCAAUACCCCAACCCUUUCACGCAACCUCUUUCCUAAGAAACCAUCGCCGAACCUCUCUCGUACAAUUGGCCAAAAUUUUCAGUUACCGGGACGCCGCCGUGCCCAGUCCGCUAGUGACCGUUUCUCCCCCCCGCCCCAAUUGGAUGCACCAACAGCCUCGUGGAAGAUAGAUGCGACGUGCGUGCAUGGUGGUGUCGCGAAACCGUUGUGUCGUGAACUAUAUCAAACCCUUCCUCGAGCACCGAUUUCUGGUGUAUGUGUCUGCGUUGAGGCGACAUUGUACGGCAGUGUGUAUGAUGUGAGGGAGAAUUCUAAUUCCACCGACGUUAAUGUUCUGUGUUUGAGUGAAGAUGACACACCACUUGUAGAACAGGAGAAAGAAUCUGAAGACGCUAUUCAGAAAAAGGAUGAUGCUACGGUAAGCAAUAAUGAGGUCCCGGAUCACACUGGAAUUCCAAUGGAGGAAAUCCCGUACGUAGGAUUGAGAUUUGAUUCGUUACAGCAGGCACAAGAGUUCUAUUCUAAUUAUGCGAAGAAAGUUGGGUUUGUGACGAUGAUUAGGAAUACAAACUUUGACAAGACCAGGAAGGAAUUAAAGGUACCUAUUAAUCAAUCGAUACACUGCAGUUGUGAAGGUUAUUGGGAGUCUCGAGUGAAGGCGGCAAUGCGGGUAAAGAGAAUAACAAUAGCUGGGUGCAAAGCAAGGAUGUACGUGAUGCUUGAUAGGCAUAAUGAUAAUUGGCUGGUGACCAAAUUAGAAUUGAAGUACACCCAUGCGUGUUCUGCCGAGCAAGCUGUGCAUUAUAGUGAGUACAGGAAACUGACCAUGCAUGCCAAGUGUGUGAUUCAGAACAACGAUGAGGCUGGCAUACAGCCUAACAAGACGUAUCUCGCACUGGCGAACGAGGUUGGUGGGUCAUCAAAGUUGGGUUACUCAGAAAAGGAUGUUAGGAACUAUAUAACGAGGAAUUUGCGCUGUGCUGAUGUAAACGAAGAUGUGAAGGAAAUGAUUAGAUAUUUCAUGCGAAUGAGAGAUAUAAACCCGAAUUUCUUCUAUACAGUUGAUGUGGACGAAACUAACAAGUUUAAGAGUGCGAUAUGGGUAGAUGCAAGAUGCAGAGCAUCGUAUGAAUAUUUUGGAGAUGUGGUAUCAUUUGAUACAACGUACAGAAGGAACAAGCAUGGACUUCCGUUUGCAUCUUUCGUUGGUGUCAACCAUCACGACACGUCCACACUACUUGCCAUCAUCACGGACCAGUGCAAAUCCAUAUUUGGCGUAAUUAAGAAUGUCUUCCCAAAUACUAGACACCGAUAG